AUGCAAACUACUGUCAGCAUUGGAACCGAAAGACUUGCAGAAAAACUUCGAGGCAAACUGGAAAGAUGUGAUGGUGUUUUGUGGGAUGGAUGGACUGGGACUGGUCCCCGGGAUGUUCAUGGAUUAAUGCUUGAUGAGGCAGCGAUAGGCACACAGCUCUGCUGCGAGAGUUGCAGGAAUAAUCCAACAAGUAAGAAGGGUCUAGAAAGCAAGUAUGAACCUCAAGGGACACUGCUUCGCAAUGACAAACCCAGACUUCUGGUGCAAUUGGUUCCACUGGUCCAUUCUGGAUGCGCUGUUACUCAUGAGCUGUUUGACCUAGUCAUCGAGUUGUGCCCAUCAUCUAUGGCAGGAACUCUUGCUGAAAACAUCCAACAACUUCAUUUACCUGAGUACAACAGCCUGAAUCCACUUCGGGCAUUCUCGGAUCCUUACAACAUAAAGGAGUACAAUGCAAGGCCAAUCUCGCAUGACAUGGUCAGCAAGAUCUUCCAGGAGUUUGUGUCAGCAAUGCAGGAAAGGGAGUCAGAGGAAUAUCUUCGCACUCUCUCUGGCAUAAGCAUUUCGUUCGACAACACAUUCCAUGCUGCUAUGAAGGCAACCAUAACUAACCAAGAGAAACAGAAGUCGAAGGUCCUGAAGGGAGGGAUUAUAAGUCUGAUGAAUGAGAAUAACGAGAUUGUGGGCUGGUGCUUCUGUCAUGCCCAGUCAAAUGCUGAAAUAACUUCACUACAGGCAGCUAUAGAACUCAGUCAGGCAAAAAAAGUGACUGCAGAUGACUACAGGUUGCACCUGGCUUCACUACACGCAGCUAUGGAACUUAGUCAGGCAAACAAGUGA